GGACACGAAUGAGGAAGUAACGACCGUCAACAAAUCCGUGAAGUCGGAGCUGGUCGCUUCAGCGUCCAGAGAAUAAACGUUCUCAUAAAAACAAGGAUAUUUGCGCACAGUGUCGCUGGACGGAUUCUGUUUGAAAUUCGCGUGACUGAACAACCGACCGACCCCGGAACCAGCUAACUGCCCGCUUGUCUGAUCAGUUGACCGCUCUCAAUGGUCUUCGAACAGUCCUCCCAGGUGUCGUUUAAUCUGGAAGCCCUGGGAAAAGCAGACUUACCCUAAAGCCUUUGCAUGAAAAAUGAACUUGAGGAAGGUGGAAAAGAUGGUUCUGAGUGUGGAGCAGGCUGAGGGAGUCGGUGCACGGGUUCGCAGAAGCAUCGGGAGGAAGGAACUCAGAAACCUGGAUCCUUUCCUGAUGCUGGACGAGUUUAAAGUGAGCAAGCCAGCAGGUUUCCCCGACCAUCCUCACAGAGGAUUUGAGACGGUAACAUAUGUUUUAGAGGGAGUCACAGCCCACGAAGACUUUUGUGGACAUUCGGGAAGACUGAAACCUGGAGAUCUGCAAUGGAUGACUGCAGGACGCGGGGUGGUCCACGCCGAGAUGCCCGUGUCAGAAGAGCCGGUGGUGGGCUUACAACUCUGGGUGAACCUGUCGAAGCGAGAAAAGAUGGUGGAACCGGCGUACCAGGAGCUCAAAUGCUCAGAGAUCCCCAAACCCAGCCAGGGGGGGGUUACAGUCUUGGUGAUAUCCGGAGAGGCUUUAGGAGCAAAGGCAUGCUCUAAGGUCUACACAAGGACACCAACUUUGUACCUGGACUUCAAAAUGCAGCCAGGAGCCACGCAUGUGCAGCCAGUUCCCGUCGGAUGGACUACCUUCAUCUAUACUCUAUCAGGAACUAUUCAUGUCGGCCCUGAUCAGGAGCAGCAGCAGGUGGAGCCCCACCACACUGUGGUGAUGGGCGAUGGAGAUGGCAUCAAAUUUGAAAACAAGGGCCCUUCGAGCUCUCACUUCGUGCUGAUUGCUGGAAAACCAAUCAAUGAGCCUGUGGUACAGCAUGGUCCGUUUGUGAUGAACACAGAAGAGGAGAUCAGAGAGGCUAUCAAAGACUACCAAACUGGCAGAAAUGGCUUUGAAAGAGCCAAAAGCUGGAGGUCCAAAAUCAGAGACUCUGUUUGAACUCUGGUGGAGGUUUCAAAUUUGCUCUGUCAAAUGGUCAGUUAAAUUGUGUUCCCAUUUAUUUAUUCACUGAAUCAUCCACAAGGCACAUGGUCUUCUUUUUUUUUAAGUUAGGGGGACAGUGUAGUUGUUUGAUUUGUAGAAUGGCUCUGUCUGAAGAGAUCCAUGAACAGAGUUAUACUGAAUAUACGAGGUGUCAUUCUUUUGAAAAUACAUAAUAAUGUUUUUAAAUCCAGUAGCUGACAAAAACUCUGAGCGUUGUUAUCUUGAACUUAGUUCGAUACAAUGACACACAGCUACACAUCCAUUUACCUUUUUCCUUUGACUUGGUUUGAGCUCCCUUUCCUAAAUGAAACGUGUGCACUUGUUUGCUCUCCUCAUCUUUCAUUUUUCUAUGACAAUCUGUACCAUUAAGGCUGUGUUGCGGAAUGGACAUAGAUACAAUCAUUCAGAAUGUGGCCUAAAAAUCCAUAAAGCUGAGUCUGCUCCUGCCUAAAUAUAUGAUAAUAAUGUAAAAUGUAUAAUGUAAAACUUUCCAUAUGAUUUGAUAUAUUUAUUAUCACAAAUCCGUGUUUUUAUCUCUUAUCUGUUACUACCAUAAGCAGUGGAAUAAAACUAAAAUGCAUUUGUGUUGGUCCUGUAUGUGCCAUUAUGGAUUUUUCUAGCAGAAUACGUCCUA